UCUGCUUCCCAGGCUAGGCUGCAAGUGUGCUCCCUGUGUUUGGGCGCUGUCUGGGAGACUGGAUCUGGGGCAUCCAGAUGUCUGCUGCCACUGGGGCAUCCAGAUGUCUACUCCCACUCGCCACUGAGAUUGAGAGGUGAGGGACAGGAGCCAUCUUCUACAGAAACAAACAUCUGAACUGAUUGGACUCUGCAAGUAGACCCUUCUCUAGGGAGAGUGUUCUGGAGAGUGGGAGAUGGCCCCAGGGCUCCUGACAACCAGAGACAAGGCAUUAAUGGCUUUCCAUGACGUGGCUGUGGCCUUCAACCAGAUGGAAUGGGAACUGUUGAGUCCUGCUCAGAGGAUCCUGUACAGGGAAGUGAUGCUGGAGAACUACAGCCACCUGGUCUCUCUGGGAAUUGCGUUUUCCAAACCCAAACUCAUUACACAGCUGGAACAAGGGGCGGAGCCCUGGAGGGAUGGCGGUGAAUGCCUUCUGGACCUUUGUCUAGGUAAGUGGAAGACUGGGCAGUGAUGAUGAUGCCGGGCACUGAGGAGCAGCUCACCAGGCCGAGAAGGCUACUCUGGCAUGCUAGGGGGAGCUCUCCUCCCGGGGCUCCAGGGAACCAACCCACCCUCCCUCCUCCCUCCCCCCUCCCUCCCUCCUUCCCAUGCUUACCAGGAGAGGGCUCCUCUGGAGGUCUACCUCAUCCGGGCACCUGAUUUCUCUGCUUGGUGCCAGCAACACCUUUAGGGUUUCUUCUUGUCCUCUUCUCAGACUCACUUUUGACCUUCCAAACAGUACCCACCCUUCCAGACUAACUAGGCUGUCCCUACUGAAUGCUCUUCAGUUUCUGUUCUUGACUUGGCAACUGCUGUACACCAGACCCAUCCUGUAGAUUCCCAUAUCUUUUUUUUUUUCUUUUUUCUUUUUGUGAUGGCUUAGUUAAGAUCACAGCAAAAUGUGAAGAACUGUAGCAAUCUGGCAGCCCUGUGGUCUAGGAGCCCACUGUCCACCAGGGGGCAGGCUCUAUUCUUCUCAGACUGGCCUGCUUCUCCACCUCUUUUGCCUUUUUAUCUGACAGUGGGUCCUUCAGAUACCACGUAGUUUGCAUGUUUGUAAAUUUCCUCACUCAUAGUGUGCACCCCCAGUUCCUGGCAAUUAAACAUUGUCACUCUGUACUCUUUUAUGACACUGGAAAUAUGCAGGAAUCAUAGCCAGACUGAAGUAGCUAGUUCAUACACAUUUGUAGCCUUGAAUAGAUUAGAUAUGCCAAACUGUGUCUGAAGCAGGUGAGAGAAUGCACUCCAGUGGCAGUGUCAGAAUUCUUUGGACACAUCUUUACCAACAUUUGGUAUUGUCUGACCUCAUUCCUCCAUCUUUUUGGACGCCUAUGGGAUAGGUAGCUAAUAUGAGCAUCUUCUUAUGUGAUCUGAGCCCCCUUCUGGGAGAGAGUUGACUGCUUUAGACAUUUGCCCACUUUUCAGUUAAAUUGUUUUUUUUUCUCUUUUGUUAUUGAUUAUAAUUGUAGACUUUCCCCAAACAUUUAGGUCUUUAAUCCAACCCAGUGAAUAUAAUUAUUCAUAUAAUUUUAUAUGAAUAUUAGAAUGUAUAGGUAAAUUUCUGUCUGGCUUAUCCUUUUUCAUUUAUUUAUU